AACCGCCGUAUCCAGCUGGUGGAGGAGGAGCUGGACCGAGCCCAGGAGCGCCUGGCCACCGCCCUGCAGAAGCUGGAGGAGGCUGAGAAGGCAGCUGAUGAGAGCGAGAGAGGCAUGAAGGUCAUCGAAAACAGGGCCAUGAAGGAUGAGGAGAAGAUGGAGCUCCAGGAAAUGCAGCUGAAGGAGGCGAAGCACAUAGCAGAGGAGGUCGCCCGCAAGCUGGUCGUCCUUGAGGGAGAGCUGGAGCGCUCGGAGGAGAGGGCAGAGGUUGCGGAGAGUAAAUGUGGUGACCUAGAGGAGGAGCUGAAAAUUGUCACCAACAACUUGAAGUCCCUGGAGGCCCAGGCUGACAAGUAUUCCACCAAGGAGGACAAGUACGAGGAGGAAAUCAAGCUUCUAGGGGAAAAACUGAAGGAGGCUGAGACCCGAGCGGAGUUUGCAGAGAGGUCUGUGGCGAAGCUGGAGAAAACCAUCGAUGAUCUAGAAG